GUCUCCUCAUUCAUUUUUGCUGGGGCCUACACGGAUGCCGUUGGAUCGUAUUACCUCUUGGAAUGCUGGGCCUUAUGACCACCGUAUUAAACCCGUGCUUUUCGCCCGUUUUCAACCUCUUGUCGUUUCCCCUCACGCUCGCUGUUUCUUCAUCCUUUGUGCCGUCUUUCGUCGUUUCUCUUAUUCCAGUCACGGUUAUUCUUCUUACACACAGACUUCUUGUGCAUUAUGGUUAGCGUGCCUGCAACGUAUGGCGCCAUUCUUGUGGGUGGUUUUGUGGCCGCUGCACUUUCGGGGAUCGUUACAGUACAAUCAUUCAUUUACAUUAAGCUAUACCCUACAGAUCUAGCCUGGAGGAAGGCCGUUGUUGCUGCGAUAUGGCUUUUGGACAGUGUUCAUACCGCACUGGUUUGUGCGUCGAUAUGGAUUUAUCUAAUACAGAACUUUGGCGAUGCAUCGAAGAUAAAUGAUAUACCUGACACCGUGGCGAUGACAAUAGCACUGACUGCGAUAUUGACGUUCAUUGUCCACUGCUUUUUUGCUCAUCGCAUACAUAAACUGAGCCAUAGUGAUUGGCGCAUCACCGGCCCUAUCUUGGUCUUCGCAUUUUUGCGGUUAUGUUCCGCCUCUGUAACGACGGCCGAAAUGAUUCAUCUGAAGACCUUUACAGAGUUCAAGCUGGAGUUCCGAUGGGUUUUCACGUUGGGUCUCGCACUGUCAUCUCUCGUCGACAUUCUCAUUGCGGUAUUCCUUUGUCACUCGCUGCGAUCUAACCGCAAAGCUUCUUCAAGUAUGGACUAUGUCAUAAAUUCCGUCAUUUUAUAUACAUUGGAGAAUAAUUCUCUCACCAGUGCCGCAACUGUCAUCUCCAUGGUUUGCUGGCUUGUAAUGCCUACCAACCUCAUUUUCAUGGGGCUGCAUUUCGUCAUUAGUAAACUGUAUGCGAACUCCCUGUUGGCCACAUUGAACGCUCGGAAGCAACUCCGGCAAGAGCGAGCCCAGAGAGGCUUGUCGGCAGAACUCCCUUUAGCAUUUCCGGGCUUGACACCAUCAAGUCGCUUCCGCCAAAACCAUGACUGUUCGCGGAUGGAUGCUGUUGCAGCCAAGCUGGAAAUCAACGUCGAAAAAACUGUGGAGUAUGAGGUAGAUGUAGACGUGGCGACUCCUCACUCUCCAUCUCCUUCGUCGAUCUCCCCGAAAGCUUCCUCCCAUCCAUCUGAAGCGAUGUCACAGAUGGUUUAG